CUAAAUCGAUGCGGGUUUUAUUUCCGAGCGAGGAAGACUGACAAAGGCUGCUGUGAACCUCUCGUGAAGACAGGCGCUUCUAAACAUUGCUAACAUUAUUCAAUUACUAGACUAAAGUUCGUCUUGUCGCUUGUGUGCUGUUGUUUGUGCUUCAGUAUGGCAGUCGUCAUCCGUUUACAGGGAUUGAGGAUCACGGCUGGUUCUCAAGAUAUUCGCAAAUUCUUCACUGGACUCAAAAUUCCAGAUGGUGGUGUACAUAUAAUUGGAGGUGAGCGAGAGGAAGCGUUCAUUAUUUUUGCUUCCGACGAAGAUGCAAGAAGAGCUAUGACGCGCUCGGGUGGACAAAUUAAAGGGGGACCUGUGACAUUGCUGCUCAGUAGCAAGACGGAGAUGCAGAACAUACUUGAAAAAAGUACAAAGAAUGUAGAGAAGGAUCAAAAGAGUCAUUCUGAGGACAAAUCAAGGCAUCCCCGAAGAUCUGUGGAGUCCGACACCAACAAGAGGUCAGCCAGUAGAGCAGACAUCUCUCCACCACCACGCCAAAAGAGAUCCUUAAACAAAGCGUCUUCGUGUGUUUUUCUCAAAGGAAUGCCCUUCAGUGUGUGUGAAGGAGACAUUGUUGAGUUUUUCACAGGUUUACAUGUCAUUGACAUUAUCUUGUUAAGAAAUAGAGCUGGAAAAAUCAAUGGAAUGGGUCUCGUGAAAUUUUCCACCCCCGAUGAAGUAGCGGAAGCCAUGAAGAGGAAUAGGGGAUAUAUUGGUUCCCGGUAUGUGGAUAUUUUCCCAUCGUCAGAACAAGAUUGGGACUGGACACUCGAACGAUUGCAAUCCAGGGGUGGAGACCCAGGGGGUGACCAGUUUGAAAGACGUGGAUCACCUCCACGUGGUCAAAAGAAUUUCCAACACCAUACGAGGUCAGAGUCACCUGAAGGCCAAAGGGUGUCAUCGUCUAGUGAGGAGUACUGUGUUGUGGUGGACAACGUCUCCUUUGCAGUGGAAAUAGAUGAUAUGAAAAGAUUUUUCCGCCACGCAAGACUCAACGAUGACCAGAUUUUGUUCACAAAUUCUGACGACAAUAAAAAUAGGUCUGCAUUUGUACUAUUCAAGACACUGCGAGAGUAUCGUGAGGCAUUGGAUCAGGAGACAAAAUCCUUUUUCAAUCGAUUGGUUCAUGUCCGGCCAAUCUCAAGAGAAAAAGUGAUAGCCAUUAUGGAAUCUCAGAACAUGCAUGACAGCUCUUCUGGAAACAUGAGAAGGAUUAAUGAGAGGCCUUCAGUCCGUUCCCGGGAUCAUUCCGACCCAGAGAAGUGCGUACUUCUGCAAAAUCUGCCCUCUGAUGUGCGCAAAGUGGAGGUCAUGGACUUCUUCAUUGGGAUGAAUAUCUCUGAAGAGGACGUGCACUUGCUCCGUGACGAUACAGGUGCGGGGACCGGCAAGGUCUUGGUUCUGUUCUCUUCUGAGGCAGAAGCCGCAAGGGCGCUUGAUCUUGAUGGGCAAAGGUUUCUCGGCACAGUGGUUGCUGUUAGAUGCAUUUCGCGUUCUCAGAUGCGGGAGCUGCUUGCUGGGCCGCAGGCGGUUCCCGGGCCACAGCGAAGAUUUAAUGAGUUUCAAGGUGCUGGUGACGGCAAGUACACUGACUUCAGGGGCUCUCAAACUGGUAAAGUGCCAAUGAAUAUGGGGCCUGCAACCCACAGAGGCUAUGAUUCUUCUAAAGAUCAGUUUGAAAGCGGAAACGGCGCUCGUACUAGUGGCGGUCCUCGGACUGACCACUUCACCCAGCCCACCUGUGUAAAGCUAAUUAAUCUGCCAUUCCAAGUUAAAACAGAAGAAAUCUAUGAUUUUUGCCAUGGAUAUCGCAUUAUCCCAGGGUCCAUCGUAUUGCAGUAUGACAAGAGUGGAGCAUCUCGAGGUACAGCAACUGUAGUGUUUGAGACUCGGCAGGAGGCGAUAAUAGCAGUGGAUGAACUCAAUGGGAGGCCGAUAGGUGCUCGAAAGAUUCAACUCAUCAUUCUUUAAAAGUGACUUUUGGUGUUUGCCCGCUAUUGGGUUCUUUUGGUCUGGACUGAACACUUUAAAUGUGACACUUGGUUUGAGGAAAGUUAUUGUGCUGCAUUCUGGGGUGUCUCUUUUUCCCCCCCCAUAUUUUUUCCUCUUAUGGUAGUAAAGUCAAUUCACUGAUUUGACUUCUUUUUUUUAAAUUGUCUGACGAAAGUUUCAUUACAAAUGCACAUCUAACAUUUGAGUGUAUCCAGAAGAAAUGUUGUUCGACUGUAUACUGUUAUUACACAGCUCACUUAAAUCUGUAUCAUUAUCUUGUUUAUUAAAAAUACAGUGAUUCCAAUCAUUAUCGCUCUCAUUAUUUACAAUUAGUAUUUUGUAUCUUAAAACAUUUAUAAAAUCCCCCACAAUUUUAACAUUUACAUUCAAACCUUUUGCUGAAAUAAGAUUUAAAGCUGCAGUUUUCAUUACUUUGAAAAGGUUUUCUAUUUUGGCGAAGCUAAUAUAUGAGGAAAUCACGAGUUGAAAAAUAGCUUUAUUUUGAAACGGCACCGUAGCUUUUAUUUUGAAACGUAACCGGAUUUAUAGGGCAACUUGCAAACAACGGAUGAGGAGGAUUUCGGUGGAGCGCUGCAGUCUAUCACGCAGACCGAGUGAACCGCCUUCAUCCACAAAGACCCAUUGAACAAGUCUGGAUCACGUUUAAACCUUACAUCCGAAUGGACGUGUUGAGGAAAAUGAGACAUCUACAGCCUGCAAGACCACUGCGUCGCUGCCUCAAGGAUGACGUCUGUGUUUUGACUGAACCCACAUUAAAUGCAGCUGCUCCUGCACAGUCAUUGAUGGGCAUGGUCGAUCUGAAGACAAAUGAUGAGAUAGAGCAGUUCUGCAAGCUUGUCAAUUUCCAAAAAGAUAAAAAAGAGAGAAUAUCCUACACAAGAGAGGUUUUAAUUGGUCUUUGGAGUUGUCCUGCAUCCAAGAAGAGGCCGGAAUAUUUACCGGACCACCCCAUAGUCUUGGCUAGUGCACGAACCAAGAUGCUUGAGGAGAAUGAAACUGAGGAAUAAUGGAAAAGAACAGGAAGUGUCAUCCAUAGUUCUGAGUCUUUGUUACACUAUACGCUGUUUACUUUCCUCAAUGUGUGUCUUUGCUGUGUUGUUGAAUUUCAUUUGACCUUACUGGUUGAAUUUGUGAGAUUUCAUUUAGCAUGUGACUCUUUAACUAUGGAGGACCAGAAGGGCAAAAAUGAAAUGAAUAUAUACACAAUUAAAAAAAUAAUGAAAAGUGUCAUUAAAAUGCUUCUAUUUCAAUAUUUAUUUUUAAAUAAAUAAAUAUAUAAUAAAUACAUAAAAAUAUUAAAUAAAUAGAUAUUGAAAUAGAAGCAUUUUAAUGACACUUUAAAAAUUGCUUUAAAUUGUGCAUUUAUUUAAUUUUUGCACUCCUGGUCCUCCAUAUUUAACAAGCCUUAACUACAAUUCUAACGUUCUCACUACUCACAGUGGAUAUAAAGUCUACACACCAUGCUCAAAUGGCCAAAUUUCUUUUUCCAUUCAUCCAUCCAUCCAUCCAUCCGUUUUCUUCCGCUUAGCUGAGGUUGGGUCCUGGGGGCAGCAGGGAAGCCAGCCCCCUCAACCCCCUUUCUGGGAGGAUCCAAGGUGUUCCCAAAUCAGCCCAGGUUCCAUAGUCUUCAAUUUCUUUGUCAUAUAUAAAAAUAAUACCAUGAUCAAUCAUUUUAAGACUUUGCCUAAUGAUUGUGAAAUAUUUUCUUUAGUACACAUUUCCCCCGUCCUCCAAAACAUAGUGGGUGGAAAUAAAGGGAAUUAAUGUAGGUGCAAAAUUGUGCCCCCACCCCACCCCCUCACCCUUUUAUAACAGAUGCAGCUUUGUUCAGAUUGGCACAACCACAUUAUUUUUUAUAUUGCUCUGCUCAAAUAUUAAACAAUAAGUUUUAGCUUUAAAAACGAUUCAUCAGUCUCCGUUUUAAAUGAUAAAAACUUGGUAAUUGGAACAAGUGUGUAGACUUAUGUUCACUGUUUGUGUUUGUACUUUGUAUUUAGUAAAAGAAAAAACAAGUUUGGAUUCAAGUUUGCCGUGGUGAUGUUUUCCUUAUGUUAGAAAUUUAAAUAUAGUUUCAAAUCUAAAGUGCUUUAUGGUAUGUCCAAAUAUUUAUAUUUUUGUAUUUUUAUUAGCGGUAAUUUGUAAGAUAUUGUUAUUGAUUUAAUAUUUAUUAUUUUUUUCAUACUUUUUUUUUGUAUGUAAAAAUAGGAAUUCUCCUUAUUUAUUAAUGUUAUGACUACUUUUAUUGCAUGCAUAUAAGUUGCUAGUUAUAGUUUUGACUGUGACCAUCUGCCUCAAAUAGUGUUUGCAGUUUAAAAAAACGUUUUCACUUUCUACUCUUUUAAUUCAAUUCUACACAUUUAAUUCAGUCGAAUUGUAUGUUGUUUACUUUUUACUUCAUUCUUUUUAGUUCACUGAUCACAUUUGAAUAAAAAAAAAAAAAAAUCAAUUAUCCUAUCCCACUAUCCUGCAGUAAUUUAUUGUUCUGAACACAGUGGCAAAUUGCAAUUCUUUAAAGACUAAUAACAAUAGUGAGCUGGCAUAUCCAAAUCAGUUGGCAAUCGCACCGAUUCCAGAUAAAAGGUCAAUUCACAUUUCCUCAUUAAAAGUUCCAUAGACAUUUUUUUUUUCCUCCAAAGUUCUAUUGGGAUGAAAUAAAUACCUGUGUCACAGAUUAAAAAAACAAAAAAAAAACAGAAAUGGCAAUUUGUAAUUGUUAUUGUCAAUGUGCUCCCUCGUCCUAUUACCAAAGUCUGGUUUUGGGCGACUGAUGGGCUGGGUCAUGGGUGGACAUGGCACUUUGGCUCUGGACAGCGGGUUACGUUGUGCCUGCUUCCACCACCCAGAAAGGCAGGGGUGGUACCGGGUGUUGCGCUUUGUUCCCUGUUGGCCAUCUUCUGUCUGAAGUGAUUAAUUUCGUAAGACACCCAAUACGGACAACGGAUGAAGACAGCUUUUCACUCUGGAGCUUUAUUGCUUCAUCAUAGCUUUGGAACAGCUCAAUAAUUGUGGGACUCAUCACACAUGUCAAUCUUAUGCACUAAAUCAAAUGGCAUCAAAACUUCAAAGUGUACAACCGUAAAACGGAAAUUUACAUAAAACUGGAAGUAUGGCACUUUCAAAAUAAUAUAACACAUAUUAAUCCAACUGAUAGCACAAACUCCCUUCCUUGCUUUCAUCAGCUCAGAACACAUCCAGAUCACAAUUUUAAUUUCUCAAGAACUAUUGAACUUUAAAGUUCUGAACUUUGACACAGGUUUCGUCAAUUUGUCAACGAUCAUAUUUUCAGAUGAACAGUAAAUUAUAUCUAAACCUCAGUAAGAGCUUCACGAAUGAACUGAAAUUUGACAUCUAUAUGUUUGGAUCACUAUUCACUCGAUUUUUACUCUGGGCAAUAGCACAUUGAUUGUCGCCAUAGAUUUUUGAACAUGUGUACCGGCGUAAUCCUUUUGUAUCCAUACCACUAAACAAUUGUCUAAGAUACAUGCUUUCCCGGGUAGUGGCUGUGAGAACAAAUUAUUCUUCAUAUGUAAAAAGAGCCACUGUGGGUUGUUUCUUUGAUUUCAAUGAAAUUGCAGGUCCUUGUUUUGUCAAGCUGAAACAAUAACCCGAUGUACUUUUAUCUUCCACAGAAGAUGCCCAAUCGAAUCACUGUAAAUUCCACUAAAUUUAAAUCUUCAUUACUUUUCUUGAAAAUUGGUUCAUAAGACGUGUUUGACAGCCAGGAGGUUGUGAUUUCUUGGUUUUGAAAAUGUGAGAAUUUACAAUCCAUUUCAUGUCAGGUCUAGUACAAUUCAUUGCAUAAAUCAAGCUGCCUACAAUUUCGCAAUACUCUUUUGGGUUGACAAAAUCAUUUCCUAAAAUCAUUUACAGCUCUCUCCGUCUCUAUUUUAGCUUCACAUUGUGUAUAUCUGGGUUUACACUCAGACAUUACAAAUCUUUCAAGCAUUUUGAGGAUAUAUCUUUUCUCACCCAUCUUGAUUCUACCAUCCUCUUGUUCAAACUCUAUGCCUAAGAAGACAGUUUUCCUAGAUAGUUCAUGUGGAAUGUCAAUUUCAUGGUUUCUUUGAAUUUGUUCAGUAUGUCGGUAUUGCGGGCUGCAAUUAUUAAAUCAUCAACCUAGAUAAUGAUAAUAUCCCGUUUCCUGAAUACACAGUGAUCAACUUGGUUUCGCGCAAAAUUGUCUCAUUCCAAGUGGUCAUUAAAAAGUCUGAACCAAUUUCUUCCCGUUUAAGGCCAUAAAGAGAUUUCUUUAGCUUGUACUCUGAUGUUUCUCCUUUAUCUGAAGUCCUUUAAAAACCCUCUGGUUGUUCUAACAGUAUGUUUUCAUCUAUAGGUGUAUGUAAAUAUGCAGUUUUAACAUUUAUCUGAUGUAUUAUGAGAUUGUUUUGGAAAGCGUCAAUGCUCGUAUUAAUGUUGUUUGCUGUUGGAGCAAAUGUUUCACGUUAUUUUAUACCUUCUGUUUGAUUGUAGCCUUUUGCUACAUAGCUUGCUUUGUACAGUUUCCCUUUAUCCACAUUUUAUUUAAUGGCAUAUACCCAUCUUCCUCUUUUUGUCUUUCUACCUUUCGUUAAAGGAAUCGGUUCAAAUGUCUCAUUUUCUUGGAGGGAUUUAAUCUCUUCCUCUGUUGCGUCUUUCCGGGAUGAUGCUUCUUCUGACAUCAUUGCAUCCCAAUAGGUUUGUGAAACUUCACAUAGGGCCCUGUAAAAAAUAAUUACCACGUGUUGAAUAUAUCAGUAUCAUUCGUGUAUGUUAUGAAGUCAUCCAAGUAGUUUGCAGUUUUCUUCCCCUAUUGGAUGGUGUUGAUUCUUACUGUCAUCAUGGUCCCUAAAUUAAUGAAGAAGCACAUUUUCUGUAACUUCUUUAAGUAGUACAUUAUUGUCCUCAUUUUAAGUUGGGUCUGAUUUUCUUGCCUGUCUUUGUAUUGUCAAAAUUGUCCUCCUCACUAGAAAUUCUGGUUGACUGAUUUCUGAAUCGCAUUUGUCUUUGCUGUUCAACCUUGUUUUUGAUAAAUUUCACCAGUCUGUUUUGACACUUUUCCAGUUCCUGGGUUGUAUACCAGAUAAUGGUAAAUGGUGUUACACUUAUAUAUGCUGGACUAUUCUUACUGUAUCCAACAAUAUUCACAUUUGGUAAUUUUAGCAGAUCAGUCACAUUGCAAUGCUCCAAAAUACUAUGCCAUCAUUUGGCGUUACAAGUUGGGUUUACAUUGUCUUUGGACAUUAUAUAAUUACAUGAGUUCACAUUACAUUAGUUCAUGAAACUGUUGUUGUUGUUUACCGCUCUGAUGUACUAUAGUCGUUCAUGCUCAUCCACGCUCAAGCUUUAGUCUGUAGUUCGUUCCGUCCCUCUUCAAAUCUUCAAUUUGGCUCAAUCAGUUGAAGCCGCUUUCACUGAUAGUAUGCUCUAUGGAUACAUUGGUAUGAAAAGAGCUUUCUUCAAUUUCCGCUCUUCAUUUAUGAUGUGCGAGGUAGCUUCACAAACUACCAUCAGUCCAUUUAUUUUUUUUUUCUGAAAAGCGUUUUUGGCCAAACUUGAAUACAAGUGUCUCUUCCUCGUCCGUACUUUGAUGUUUUUCCGCUGUUUGUUUUGCAUCAUCAUACUUCUUGAUUUUUCUCCUGCAAGUUU